GGUAGAAAGGGCCUUGGUUCAAUUUUUGUGUGGGCCUCUGGAAAUGGUGGAAUGUUCCAGGACGACUGCAGCUGUGAUGGUUACGUAUCGAGUAUACACACCCUGGCCAUUGGUAGUGUCACAGACGAAGGCAUGAGUACGUACUAUGGGGAGGUGUGUCCGUCCGUCAUGGGGGUCGUGUUCGCGGGGGGUUCUCACAGCGUUGGAGUGACGACAGAUCUGCAUGGCGGUUGUACUUUGAAAUUCCAGGGUACUUCAAGCGCUGCUCCAUUGGCUGCCGGCUGUAUUGCCCUCGUGCUCGAGGCCAAUGCCAACCUGACGUGGCGAGACGUCCAGCAUCUAGUCGUUGAGACAUCGGUCAUCCCAAGUGAGAAGGAAGACGGUUGGAAGGUUAACGCGGCCGGCUACCACGUCAACCACAGGUUCGGAUUCGGAGUGCUGGAUUGUGGUAGGAUGGUUGAGGCCGCGGAAAACUGGAUCGGGAUUCAGGAACAGCUGAAGUGUGUCGUUAAAUCACAAGGGCCUACCAGGUAUGACGCAAUCAAUCAAUCACUUUAA